CCGCCCCUUUCCCGCCCCUUUCCCGCCUUCCUCCACCCCCGGCGUGGGUGAUCCUGAGGCUCGGCGCGCUUCGGGGCAGAAGCCCGGAGACGCCGCCGUCGACGUCGCCGCCGCCGGCGUUCCAGCCGGUGCUCACGGCCCCUUGGCCUCUUCCCCCGCCCGUGGCCCCAAGUCGGCCCUCCAGCCGAGCUCCGCCGGGCGCUGGGAGGUCCUGGCGUUGCAGAGCCGGCCCCGACGCCGUGCCGCCCCGCGCCUAGCCGCGCUGUCUGGACUCGGGGGCCGCGCUGCGCUGUCUCCUUGCCCAGGACUGGUUCCGAGGGGGUCGCGGGCGCGCAGGCUCGGCCCCGCCGGAGUGGCCCGGGAGCGGGCCCGUGUAGACGUGUGAGAAGCCUGCGGAGUGCCGUCCCGGCGCCUGCCCGCCCAUCGGCCCGCCGGCCCGCUUCUUCCUGAUGCAGACUGCCGUCCACUAGAGGCUGGACAGGACCCCCGAGGGUAUGGAUUGUGAACAACUUGGUUUUGGUUCACGUGUUCAUUUGUAAGUUUGGUUGUUUGAUGCCUUAAACCUUGAUGUUACAGAUUGUGCUAUCCAGGAGAUUUUAAUGCAAGCCCCAUAUAUAAUUUUAAGUUUUCUUGUAGCUACAAUUAAAUAACAGACAGGGUCUCACUAAGUUGCCCAGGGUGGGCUUGAAUUUGCGAUUCUCCUGCCUCAGCCUCCCAGUGUUGGGAUUACAGGCAUGUGCCACCAUGCCCAGCUUAUUGGUGAUUCAUGGCAGGGGACGUGGAAGGAUUCUGUUCCUCCAUCCAUGACACCAGUGUCUCUGCUGGGUUCAGAGCACUGUAUGAGGAGGGACUGCUUCUUGAUGUCACUCUGGUUAUUGAAGAUCAUCAGUUCCAGGCCCAUAAAGCACUUUUGGCCACCCAGAGUGAUUACUUCAGAAUUAUGUUUACUGCUGAUAUGAGAGAACGAGAUCAGGAUAAAAUUCAUUUAAAAGGUCUAACUGCUACUGGCUUCAGCCACGUCCUUCAAUUUAUGUAUUAUGGAACUAUAGAACUGAGUAUGAAUACUGUUCAUGAGAUUCUUCAGGCUGCCAUGUAUGUUCAACUUAUAGAAGUGGUGAAGUUCUGCUGCUCUUUUCUGUUAGCGAAAAUCUGCUUAGAAAAUUGUGCAGAAAUUAUGAGACUCUUAGAUGAUUUUGGUGUAAACAUCGAGGGAGUCAGGGAGAAGCUGGAUGCCUUUCUCCUAGACAACUUUGUGCCACUCAUGUCCAGGCCUGACUUCUUGUCCUAUUUGAGCUUUGAGAAGCUCAUGUCUUAUUUGGAUAAUGAUCAUCUGAGCAGGUUCCCAGAGAUAGAACUGUACGAGGCUGUGCAGUCUUGGCUGCGGCAUGACAGAAGACGCUGGAGACAUACCGAUACCAUCAUUCAGAACAUCAGGUUUUGUUUGAUGACCCCAUCCAGUGUUUUUGAGAAGGUUAAGACCUCAGAAUUUUAUAGAUACUCCCGACAGCUGCGCUAUGAAGUUGACCAAGCAUUGAAUUACUUUCAGAAUAUCCAUCAGCAGCCUUUAUUGGACAUGAAAUCAAGCCGCAUUCGUUCUGCCAAACCCCAGACUACAGUAUUCCGAGGAAUGAUUGGACAUAGCAUGGUUAACAGUAAAAUACUUCUGUUAAAGAAACCAAGAGUCUGGUGGGAACUGGAGGGCCCACAAGUACCUCUUCGGCCAGACUGCCUUGCUAUCAUCAAUAACUUUGUGUUCCUGUUAGGUGGGGAAGAACUAGGCCCUGAUGGUGAAUUCCAUGCCUCUUCCAAAGUGUUCAGGUAUGACCCAAGACAGAACUCUUGGCUGCGAAUGGCAGACAUGUCUGUACCACGCUCAGAAUUUGCAGUUGGUGUUAUUGGGAAGUUCAUUUAUGCUGUAGCAGGCAGAACCAGAGAUGAGACUUUCUAUUCAACAGAGAGAUAUGACAUCACCAAUGAUAAGUGGGAAUUUGUGGACCCCUACCCAGUUAACAAAUAUGGACAUGAGGGGACAGUGCUCAAUAACAAGUUGUUUAUCACGGGUGGAAUCACCUCAUCUUCCACCUCUAAACAAGUGUGCGUGUUUGACCCCAGUAAAGAAGGGACCAUCGAGCAGAGGACCAGGAGAACUCAAGUAGUUACCAACUGCUGGGAAAACAAGAGCAAGAUGAAUUACGCAAGAUGUUUUCACAAGAUGAUUUCCUACAAUGGCAAGCUUUAUGUCUUUGGUGGCGUCUGUGUGAUCUUGAGGGCCUCUUUUGAAUCUCAGGGCUGCCCUUCCACAGAAGUGUACAACCCAGAGACUGAUCAGUGGACCAUCUUGGCAUCCAUGCCAAUCGGUAGAAGUGGCCAUGGUGUGACUGUGCUGGACAAACAAAUAAUGGUUCUUGGAGGCCUUUGUUAUAAUGGUCAUUACAGUGAUUCUAUCCUCACUUUCGAUCCAGAUGAAAACAAAUGGAAGGAAGAUGAGUAUCCCCGGAUGCCCUGCAAGCUGGAUGGUUUACAAGUAUGCAAUCUGCAUUUUCCGGACUAUGUACUGGAUGAGGUCAGGCGUUGUAACUAAUGACAUCUUUUGCCCUCAAAAAAAAAAAAAAAGCAAACAAAACAUUUGUUUGUGGUGAAGUAGUUAGGUAAAAAACAUAAGGAAAAACCUCACCAGUUUUACUAUCAAAGCCAUUGGUCUAAUAUUGUAAGAAUUUUUCAUUCUGUGCUAGCAUCCCUGUUUUUCUUUUCAGUGGCCUCAAACUCAUGCAAUAAGUUAAUUCUAAGUGCUAGCUCUUGAAACUACUUCCAGAAGCAGUUUAAUAGAAUGCUCCACUUACCUGGGAAGUUGAUUUUCUGCUUUAAAGAUUUCUUUCAGAUGUUAGCGUAGGAGUCCUGCAUCUUCUAAGAGAAGACCCAAUAAGUGUCACUGGAUGUGAUUUUAGUUCCUAGCUCUAUCUGAAACCUUUUUGAACAUUAAUUUCAGUGUUUCAGUCUGUUAAAUGUUUUGGUUUUAUUAUUUAAAAGUUUAAAACUCUUGACCUUUUUGCAUGGCUUUUUGCUGAAAAUGCAAAAAUAUAAAUUUUCUACAAAAUUAACUUUUUAUAUUCAGAACACUAUUUCUAAGCUGCCUUCUCUUAUCUGCAAUGUGUUAGUGAAAGCAUAUCCAUACUCGCGUACAUCCUAUAAAUAUAUAAGGCACAUCCCUUUUAUGCGUGGUUAGGAUUCUAUAUUUUUAAGCUAGUGCACUUGCACACACGGUUCGCCAUACUUGUUGAAUUUUAGAUGUGACGUGUUUUCAUGUACUAACAUUUUUAGAAAGUGAAAAUAACUGGAGUCCUCAUUUGGUAUCAAAGUAGCCAGUCUUCAGUCCAUGCAGAUUCAGUAAUAUUCGAAUUUUUAUAUUCCUGAAAUGUGUAUGGAUUUAUGAAAAAACUAGCAUUUUGUGUUUUCUCUUCAAAAGUGAAUGUUAAUGUUCUUUAUCGAUGUCUUUUCUUUUUGAAAAUGUUUUUCUUUGCAGUCUAAUAUUGUCCUGUUUUUAGUGAGAAUCGGAGUGGUAUAUGACAAGCUCUGAAUCUGACCCUGCAGCGUGCAAGCACUUUUAAAGAGAAUUUAGGUAAUACCAGACUCCUAAAUGCCCCUUAAAAGUAAGUGUAACUCCCACACUUUACAUUCAGCAAGGCUGCUGCAUCUGUUAUUGAAUGGAGGGUAGCAACUUUUAGAAAAUUUGAGCUCAGUUUUGACUUAAAAGGUAAGAAAGAGAAUUAUAAUGUUCCUGGUUAUAUCUGCUUAUUUAUUUCCUACAAAAUAUUCAGAGGCACUAGGUUUUGUUUUAUUUACCAGAAGCUACUAGAGUGAAGGAUAGUAACCACAAAAUUCAGAAUGGAUCAAGAGUACCUGUUUAAAAGGAGUAGAAUAGAUAUUUUAGAAUGAAUUGUAUCUUUCAGUUCUAAUCAUGAGAGAGGAAAUUACAGAUGACAUAAUUAAGGAAGAAUGGGUCAUUUAAGCAGAUGCCAUUUUCUUAUGAGUAGUCUAUAUUUGAUACAGACUAAAUCUACAUUGGCAAAACUUGCCAGAUCUUAGGAUAUUUGGUGCAAUAUUGCAAUGCCUUCUAUAUGGCUGCUGUUGUAUACAUUUUCUAGUACCUUUUUCUUUUUUUUGCUGCUGCCACCAUUGAACACAAAGUGGAAGCGUGAAGUCGCGGAAAUGUGAAGACUUUGUUUUUUGUGGAGGGUGCUUUUUAGCUGUUAACUAGAAAUACUUCAAAAUAAAACCCAGUUUUAUUUUUUUUAAAGUGUAGUGUUUUUAUUUUUUGUAAGAGGGAUUGAACUCACGACCUUGUGAUUGCCAGACAGGCACUGUGCCGCUGAGCCGCUGAGCUGUAUCCCCAGCCUUUAAAACCCAAUUUUAAAACACCAAAAUUUGGACAUGUGUUAGCUUAACAAUCAGGUACACAAAUAGCUUUUUGAAAAAAGCAACAUUGGCAUGAGUUUCAGAAAUCAAGUUAAUAGUAACGUUCUUUUGUAUAUGAAAUUUAAAUUUUUUUUGGUCUUUUGAGGCAGGAUCUGCAUGGUAAUGCAGGCUGGCCUUGAACUCACUAUGAACUCACUAAGUAGCCCCAGGCUGGCCUCAGAUUUGCAGUGAUCCUCCUGCCUCAGCCUCCCAAAUUGCUGAGAUUACAGGAAUGUGCCACCAUGCCCAGCUUCUAUGAAAUUUUAAUUUUCAUUAAUCAAGUAUUUAUUAAUUUAGAAUUUCUUUUUUUUUUAAGGCUAGUCAAGUGAAGCAGUGGGAAUGGAGAAGGAACAAAGAAAUCUGUAACUGGUUGUGAUCAAUUAGUUGUAAACACCACUGCACUUGGACCAGCCUAAUUUAGAAUUUCUAAAAAUGAGGUUUGGUAUCUUAGUUUUCUAUGAAAUGUGGGUGAAAGUCUUUUUUCUAGAUUUUAAAAAUAAUUUUUAAUUAUUUUAGUUUUUGUUUUUGAUGUUUCACUGUUUUCUUUUUUGUUGUUGUUGUUGUUUAUUUUUUUUGAGACAGGGUGUUGUUGUGUAGCCCAGGCUGGCUUAGAACUCACAAUCCUCCCGUCUCAGCCUCCCAAGUGCUGGGAUUGCAAUCACGUUCCAUUUACACCCAGCAAUUUUACUUUGGCAAACUAGGAAUUGAGUUAUCCAUUUAAUUUUUAAAAUUCAUUAGUUCAUGUAAGAUUUUGUGUGUAUGGGCUCCUGCUUUAAAGAAAGAAAAUAAUGUCUUCAUUAUUUUCCUUGUUGAUGUCUUUUGCCGGAAAAGACCCAAGAUAGAGCCAUCAGACAGGGUACCACAUCAAAGGCUUUACACUCCAGUGGUGUUUCUCUUUAAUUGCUUAGAUAUGAUUUCAGAACCCCUAGGGGGUAGCAUCUGAGCAAACAAUUGAAUAUUCUUGGUCUUCCAUUUUAAAGAUGCAAGGCCAAGGUCAACGUUAAUGUUUCGUAAAGUUGAUGAAAUUGUAACUUGAACUAACUCUGGGUUCAGCUUCAUGUAAGUCAUGUCUACCCUGAUGUUAGCUAUAAUCAGUCAUGAGCUUUAAGAAUAGUUGCUGUUGCUUGAGUUCUGAAUGUAUGAGAUAACCUUUCUGUUUAUAUGUAUCUCUUAUUUAGGUGAUUUUAAAUCCAUGAUGAACUUACAUUCCCUUUUAAAAAUUACGGUGUAUUUGCUGCAAGAGAUUUAUUUUUGUUAUACUAAACUACAGAAAUUUUUUUUCAUAGAAUUUGUUUUCAAGUUUAUUUUUUGUGUGCUUCAUUUGGAACCAUUUUUGUUUAUAUACAUUGUAUACACAAAAUAAUUGUUUUUUAAAAAAAUCCAGUAAGAGAUUUGAAAACUAUACAGUUAUAACUGUUAUGAUCUUUGUAUGCGUUACUUUCACUUUACAUUUUAAAUGCCAGAUUUCAUAAAAAUAGCGGGUCUGUAUUAAUGUCAUCUUAAUUAGUACUGUUUGUUCUCUUCCAUGUCUUGAACCUCAGUUUGGUUUUAAAGCAAAUCCUUGCACUACAGCCUUUUCAUAAAAUGCAACAUUCUCACAGUGAAGGUUUUUGUAUUAGGAAAAAAAUGCUACUGGUUUUCAAAAGCAAAGCUUCAUGAGUAGAAUGAUUAGCUUUUCUAGAGACAGCUUUCCCUGUGCCCUCCCCUCGCUGCUGUGCCCCGUGUGCGUGUCACUCUCAUCGUGCAAGACGACUGAGCCCUUCGCUUACCUUUCUAAAGCAGCACCUUCGGACACCUCAUUCUGGGAAGCCUGCUUGACUCGUAGGAAAGGACACACAUUGGUGUGGGGAGAAGUGGUAAAUAUGGAGAGUUUUGUCUUAAUUACAUGAAACUAAGCUUUAAAAUAUUUUAUAACAAAUUAUUUGAGCUGCAUAAUCUAAACAUGUCAGACGUUCAGUGGAACUAUUUUUAUAUAUGUAUAUGUGGGUGUAGGUCAUAACAUUUCAGUUUAUAAUAUAAAUUGUUCUUUCAGUUUAUAAGCUAUAUCUCAGAAGAGACUAGCUCUUUGGAGAAUAUGUAAUUUAAAGUUUUAGACUGAAGUAAAACAGCAUAGAUAUAGUGUAAAUUAGAUAUAAUUGAGGGCUAUAUGGCAGUAAAACUGCUAGUGCCAGUUUUCUUGUUUGCCUACUAUACAUUUUUGAUUUUUUUAUUCUGAACAUUUUUAGAGAUCAUACAUUUGUUCAGUCACAUUUAGAGUCGGUUUGGGAAUAAAUAUCUUCUUAAAAAGAGAUUUAUCUUAAAAUUAAAAAGUCCUGAAAAAUUAGUUUAUUGAGAGUUUAUAAAGUCAAAUAUUCAAUAGGCAUAGACUGGAAUAGAUAAGUUCAUGGAAACCAUAUCCUGUCGGUAUAGCAUAAACCUUUGAUAUUACACGAGUAACACUGAAUGGAUGCCAUCAGCUUUGUUCCUGCUUAAAAUUCUUGGAUUUUCUUUUUACAUCUCUGGGAACAAGUGCAUGAAGGUUUUACUAAUCAGUAUACCAGUAAGGAUCGGGUGUUUGUUUCUGGAGGAAUGUGCCCGAGAGGGAAUCAGAGAGGUUAUUUUCUACCUAAUUUGUAUAUGCCCUAUACCUCUUGGGCAUACUUUGUCUAUAGAAAAAUAUUUUGACCUUUAGGUACAUUUUGGGCCAGUAGUCAAAUAAUCCUAGGGCCAAUAUAAAAUCUUAGAACAAUUUAAGGUUUGCCUUUUAUAUCUGUUUUGAAAGCCUUUACAUUUUUGUCAGGUAAUUUUUCCCAAGCCGUGGAUAUAAUCUAUUCAAACAUGUUUAUGCUAUCCAUUCUGUUUUUAAAUUGAAAAAAUGUUAAAGUGUUUAUGAAGAAAAGUUUAAAUAAAAUAUUUUUAAUCUUUAUUAAAGUA